CUCUGAUGAGUGGAACGUCAACGGACGUCAAUCAGCUCAUGCUCCUCCUCGCGCGUUCUUCCGGCUCUCCUGCCGUCUCCAUGCGCGCUGCGCCGAAUGGUCACCGUGGCCAGGCAGGAGACGCUGGGUUCGCGUGCGUAUAAAAGGAGCCUCGUCGCCGCUCUCAUUCCCCAGCUCACUUCACCUUCUCGGGCUCACCUCCACAAGCAAGUACUGCUUCGCUUGUUUUAUUUUCACGACUCUCGCUCUCAUUCCUUACGAUCCACACCGUACAUCACUGCAGAUAAAUCAUCCACCAUGCGUUUCGGAGCCGCCAUUUCCUUGCUUUGCGCUGUCGCCGCUGUGGCCCCCGCUGCGUUUGCUAUGCCAGUUGCCUCUGACGCGACUGACGGUCUCGAGGCUCGUGCCUACGACGCCGAGGUCGCCGACCUGAUCGCCAGGUCCGACUUCGACGAGGCGACUUCUCUCGUCGCACGCGCCGUCGCGGACGUGCUCAGCGCGCGUAGCGACCCGCCACGGUACCACAAGAACGACCCCAGCAACGGCAAGAAGCCGAAGUACUCGGAGAAGGACCCCAACCCUCCUCCGAAGUACCGCCAGAAGGACCCUCACAAGCCCAACCGCGAGCCCAAGCCAACCGGGCCCGUCGAGUGGGUCGCGCCGUACGCGUGACCUCGGCGAGGUAGAGGACUUCGCGCUCGCUGCGCGGAGCGACCCACCCCGCUACCACAAGAACGACCCCAACAACGGCAAGAAGCCCAAGUAUUCGGAGAAGGACCCCAACCCUCCUCCGAAGUACCGCCAGAA